UGUUUAGUAAUCCGUGAUCCAUAUCACCUAUCUGCUGAGCGAGUCUGUAACAUUGGGGCGUGGCGCAGUUCAUGGGCGUCGGUGUCACGUGAUAGGGACAAGUAAUGGAUGUUGUAUUUGAACUACGAAGGACUGGAAUUUGUGUUGUACAUUUGUUUAUUUUUAAUAUAUAAACAAAUAUGGCAGCCAGCUCGUGUUGUUUAUUAUUUAUUGUUGCAGUGAUAUUGUCAAUGGCAAUUGAAGGAGGUUUUUGCAUAAAAUGUUGGGUAUGCCGCUCAGACUCCGAUCCAAAAUGUGCAGACCCAUUUGACAAUUCAACAGUUCCUAUUAGUGACUGUAGACAAGAACCAGAUUUAAAACACCUACCUGGAGUAAGGCCAGAGAUGUGCAGAAAGAUACGCCAGAAAGUACAUGGAGAGUGGCGUUAUUUUCGGAGCUGUGCCUAUGUGGGUGAACCAGGGAUAGAAGGAGAUGAACGGUUUUGCCUAAUGCGAACUGGAACUUACAAUAUCUUCAUGGAAUACUGCACUUGUAAAGCUAAAGAUGGCUGUAAUUCAGCUACAAGUUGGACACCAUCAUUGUGGCUUGCGUUGUUCCUGUGUGCAGCAGCAUGGCAGCUAUCUGACAUGCUUGGAGUUGUACGAUAAUUUUGGG